AUGUUUUUCUUUUGUAAUUCCAAAGGGUAAGGAAAAUAUACAUAUAUAUAUAUAUGUGUGUGUGUGUGUAUAUAUGUAUAUUUGUUGUAUUUUCCAAUUUCUCUUAAUUUAAUUUAAUGUACUCUGUCUAUAUAUAAUCAAAGAACAUUAAGCUUCAUAUUCUUCUUCUUCUUUCUUUCUUUCUUUCUUUCUUUCUUUCUUUCUUUCUUUCUUUUUCUCUUUGAAUGAAUUAAAGAGUAGCUUUUUUGAAGAAUAAUAUUAGAUCCGUUUCUUCUUCUUAUGAUAACCAUUUAUUUUGUUUAUGUGCUUUAUUAUCAGUUAAAUAUUAUGAUAAAUUUUUUGUUUUGAUUUAACUAAUUUCAUUUUUCAGGACCCUUAAUUACUAUUACAAACUCAUCUAUUUGUGAAGAAGCAACGUGGGGUAAAGCCCAUCAAAGUCAAUUAUAUUCUCUUAUACCCCAAAAGAAAAGAAAGAUUUUUCUCCCUACUUCUUUGUGUUUUUGGUUUUUUGGUUUUUAGUUUUCUUCUGGGUUUUUAUUUUUUAUUUUUAAAGAAGAAAGAAAGAUUUUUUUUUUCAUAAAUUUUGUACGAAGAACUGACAAAUUCUCUGGAAAAAGAACACCGCUGACACCGCCACCGGCGGCGGCGCCGCAGCUUUUGAUUAAGAUGGCGACGUACUUCCACGGUGGUUCAGAAAUCCAAACCAAUUCUGACGGAAUUCACACUCUUUACCUUAUGAACCCAAAUUACGUACCUUACUCUGACACCCACUCCCAAUCUUCUCAUAAUAUGCUUUUUCUUAACCCUUCAUCAACACACGCGCUUAACCCUUCCACCCUCCCUCACGCCCCGCCUUCCAACAACCACUUCGUCGGAAUUCCUCUCCCCACCACCGACUCUUCCCGUCCUUCCUUCCACGAAAUCUCAACCCUCCAUCCUCAUCGCCUCCACUACAAUCUAUGGGCUCCUGUGGACCAACAACAGCAACAGCAACAAUCCCUCCAUGCCGACUCCGCCGAUUUGACCUUCCGUCGCCCGACCGCCCAACAGGGUUUGUCCUUAAGCCUCUCUUCCCAACAGUCUUUAUACAGGACGUUAUCGGCUGAGCAGGAGAUACAAGGCGGCGGCGGCGGUGGUGCUCCGAGUGGGGAGGAAAUUCGGGUGUCAGGGAAUUCUGGGACGUCGGUGUCGGUGGUUUCGAGUAGCAUAACGGGGGUUCAGAGUGUGAUAUUGGGGUCUAAGUAUUUGAAAGCGGCUCAAGAACUUUUGGACGAAGUGGUUCAUGUUGGUAAAGCAAAUUAUAAAACCGACAAAUUUGGGGAUGGGACAAAGGAUAAUAAGAUGAAGAUGAAGAAAGAAUCAACGGCUACUAUUGGUGGAGGUUCUUCCGCCGCCACCGGUGGCGGUGAAACUACUUCCAAGUCUGUUGCUGAGCUUAGUACUGCUCAAAGACAGGACCUUCAGAUGAAAAAAGCUAAGCUUAUUGGCAUGCUUGAUGAGGUGGAGCAGAAGUACAGACAAUACCACCAACAAAUGCGAGGGGUAGUGAGUUGUUUUGAGCAAGCAGCAGGUUUGGGGUCAGCGAAGUCCUACGCAUCACUGGCACUCGAAACGAUUUCGAAGCAGUUUAGGUGCCUAAAAGAUGCAAUAUGUGGACAAAUAAAAGCAACAGGAAAAAGCUUAGGAGAAGAUCAAGAGAAUUGGUUGGGUUCAUCAAAAAUGGAAGGAUCAUCAACAACAUCAUCAUCAAGAUUGAGAUAUGUUGAUCAUCAUUUAAGGCAACAAAGAGCUCUUCAACAAUUGGGAAUGAUUCAACAUAAUACUUGGAGACCUCAAAGAGGUUUGCCUGAACGUGCUGUUUCUGUUCUUCGUGCUUGGCUCUUUGAACAUUUCCUUCACCCGUAUCCUAAGGAUUCUGAUAAGAUUAUUCUUGCUAAACAAACUGGUCUCACAAGAAGCCAAGUAUCGAAUUGGUUUAUAAAUGCAAGAGUUCGUCUAUGGAAGCCAAUGGUUGAGGAAAUGUAUUUGGAGGAAAUCAAAGAGCAAGAACAAAAUGGGAAUUCCCAAGACAUGAUAAGAGGAGGAGGAUCAGAUCAUCAUCAUCAUCAUCAAAAUAACAACAAUAAUCAUACUCAUAAUGAUCCACAAUAUUCCAAGACAGAAAAUUUGAUGAACAACAACCCAUCCCAUUCUUCAAUCUCAUCCUCCUCAAUCUUAGGAAUAGGAUCAACAACCGCGGGUGGCGGUUUCAACCUCGUACCACCGUCCUCUGACAAUAACAUCCUCCUCUCAACUCCCAAAAAACCAAGAACCAACGCUAUCACCACCGCCGUCAUGACGACAAACAACAAAGCUGUCGUCCCAGAAAACCCAUCCUCAGAAUCCAUGCUUCUAAGAGACAUUGAUAUUGUUAAUUCCAACACAUACCCAGUUGGUGAAAUAGGAUCAACCUUCAAUUCUGAGCUUUUAACUCCAAGAUUUCAUGCAAAUGGUGUCUCUCUCACUCUUGCUCUUCCUCAUAAUAAUUCAGAUCAUCUCUCUCUUUCACCCAACCAAACAAAUUACCAUCAUCUCUCAUCCAACCAAAACCUUCACUUGGGUAGAUCAUCAAGGCUUGAUAUCACCAAUCAUCAUCCUGGACCACCCGAUUUCUCCGACGUCAAUCCCGCUGCCCCGCCCGCCUACGACCAUGUCGAUAUGCAAACCACCAAAAGGUUCGCCGCCCAAUUAUUGCCUGAUUUUGUUGCAUGAACGUCAACCCUAUAAAAAGCAUACUUUUUCAGUAUAUAGGACCAUAUAUUUUUAUGUGUAUGUAUUUAUAUAUAUAUAUAUAUAUACACUUUUAAUUGCUUA